GGCCCUGUGAUUAGCGCGCUGCUGCUCCGUUACAGUAUUCGACAAGUGACUUUGGCUGGUUCUUUGAUUUGUUCUUUUGGAUUUAUCGCAAGUUUCUUUGCUCCCAACAUAUACGUUCUCAUCCUCACAUACGGAGUCAUUGCUGGUAAGUCGGCCAGUUGGUCAAUAGGCCAGUUGGUCAGUGGAUAAAUUGGUCCAUAGGCCAGUUGGACAAUAGGCCAGUUGGUCAAUAGGCCAGUUCGUCAAUAGGCCAGUUCGUCGAUAUGCGAGUUGGUCAAUGGAUCAGCUGGUCAAUAUGUAAGCUGGUCGAUGGUUCAUUUGGUUAAAGGGUUACGCGGUCAAUGGGUCACGCGGUCAAUGUGUCAUACGGUCAAUGGGUCACGCGGUCAAUAGGUUACAUGGUCAAUGUUUCACUUGGUCAAUAGGUAAGCUGGGCAAUGGGUCAGUUUGUCUAUGGGUCAGUUUGGCGAUGGGUCAGUUGGUCAAUGGGUUACGCGGUCAAUGGGUUACAUGGUAAAUGUUUCACUUGGUCAAUAGGUAAGCUGGGCAAUGGGUCAGUUUGUCUAUGGGUCAGUUUGACAAUGGGUCAUUUGGUCAAUGGGUUACGCGGUCAAUGGGUUACAUGGUCAAUGUUUCACUUGGUCAAUAGGUAAGCUGAGCAAAGCCGAAUCUGAAAUUUGAUGGCUUAAUUUAAAUAUUUCAACUUGAGUACGCAAUUAGUCUCAUCUCAUUCUUUACUUUAAAUGCCAGGUAUUGGUAUCGGGAUGGUGUUCCUGCCAGCUAUCAUCAUUGUUGGCGUAUACUUUAAUGAGAAGCGAGCUAUAGCUACAGGUAUAGCAACUAGUGGUUCAGGUAAGUAAUUCAUGUAUACAUUCACCUGUUAUUGGUAAGUUCUUUGCUUAAAUUCAUCAGGUAUUAUUACGUUCUUUGCUUACAUUCAUCUGGUAUUGGUACGUUCUUUGCUUACAUUCAUCUGGUAUUAAAAAGUUAUUUGCUAACAUUCAGCAGAUGUUGGUAAGUUCUUUGCUUACAUUCACCAUGUAUUUUUAAGUUUCUUUGCUUAAAUUCAGCAGGUAUUAGUACCUUUUUGCUUAUAUUCCCAGGCAUUGGUACGUUCUUUUUUGCCUACAUUACCAGUGAAUUAUUGGAGACCUACCAAUGGAGGGGAACCCUUCUGAUCCUUGGUGGGAUCGUGCUCAACUGUUUUGUCUGUGGUAUGCUCUUCCGACCCUUGAAUCCCACCAUUUCAUAUCUGGAUGAGGUAAUAACUACGUCAUGUUACUAAAUACAUGGCUCGUGAACUUUAAACCGGCAUUUGAUUGGAUUUAAAAUAUGCCCGUCUUUUGAUUGGCUGUUAAAAUAAACAAGUCUUUUGAUUGGCUGUUAAAAUAAAGAAGUCCUUUGAUUGGCUGUUAAAAUAAAGAAGUCUUUUGAUUGGCUUUUAAAAUAAAGAGGUCUUUUAAUUGGCUGUCAAAAUAAAGAAGUCUUCUAAUUGGCUGUUCAAAAAGAAGUCUUUAAUUGGAUAUUAAAAUAAAAACGUCUUCGGAUUGGUUGUUAAAUAAAGAAGUCGUUUGAUUGGCUGUUAAAAUAAAGAAGUCGUUUGAUUGGUUGUUAAAAUAAAGAAGUCGUUUAAUUGGCUGUUAAAAUAAAGAAGUCGUUUGAUGUGCAUUGAAAUUAAACCCGGCUUUGGGUGGCUGUUGAAAUAAAUCAGUCUUUAUUUUUUUAUUCAAAACAUCAAAUCUGGGAAAGUACAAUCAAAUACGAGUCAAAAUGAGUGGGUGAAUGAAGAGUGGGUGAGUACUUAGUGUGUCUGUGAGGAUUGGGUAAGUGAUUAGUGGGUGAGUGAUGUGUGGAUGAGUGGGUGAGUGAUGAGUGGGUAAGUAAAGCGUAGUUGAUUGAAGGAUUAAAAGGGAGACAAUUAUUACUUGAAGUCUUGAGAAUUAAAUUAAAAUCAACUCAAUUUCCAUAACCUAUAAUUCCAUUAAAAUGUUUCCUCUUCUAUCCUCACAUAUAGAUCCUUCCUCUUAUUUCCUCACAUAUAAUCAUUUCUCUUCUAUACUCACAUAUAAACUCUUCCUCUUAUUUCCACACAUAUUAAUCCUUCCUCUUCGAUCCUCACAUAUUUUCAGAAAAUAUAAUAAUUUCAAAAGUGUUUGUCAGUGUUCAAAAAAAUUAUAUCACUCACGGCACUAAACUACAGUUUUAGGGCAUUUGAAAGCUUCAGAUAGAUCAAGGGCAUGUUUUGUCACAGUUAUCAAUGGCCUAUUGUUGUGUCAGAGUCAUCAUCAGCCUAUAGAUGUGUCACAUUUUUCAAUGGCCCAUUUUUGUGUCAGGGUCAAUGGCCUAUUGUUGUGUCAGUGCUAUCAAUGGCCUAUUUUUGUGCCAGGGGUAUCAAUAGCCUAUUGCUAUGUCAGGGUUAUCAAUGGCCUAUUGCUAUGUCAGGGUUAUCAAUGGCCUAUUGCUAUGUCAGGGUUAUCAAUGGCCUAUUGCUAUGUCAGGGUUAUCAAUGGCCUAUUGCUAUGUCAGGACUAUCAAGGGCCUUUUUAUGUCACGGUUAUCAAGAGCCUAUUGUUGUGUCAGGGUUGUCUAGGGCCUAUUUUUGUGUCAGGGUUGUCAAGGGCCUAUUGUGUCAUGGUUAUUAAGGCCCUAAUUUUGUGUAAGUGUUAUCAAGAGCCUAUCUUUGUCAGGGCUAUCAAGGCCAUAUUUUUGUGUCAGCGUUAUCAAGGGCCUAUUGUUUUUUCAGAGUUAUCAAAGGCCAAUCGUCUCAGGAUUAUCAAAAGCCUAUUGUUGUGUCAGUGCUAUAAUGAGCCUGUUGUAUCUGGGUUAUCAAGGUAAUAUUAUUGUGUCCAAACUUAUCAAAAGCCUAUUUUGUCAGGGUUAUCCAGGGCCUAUUGUGUCAGGGUUAUCAAGGGGCUAUUGUGUCAGGGUUAUCAAUGGCCUAUUGUAUCAGGGUUAUCAAGGGCCUAAUGUUUCAGGUUUAGCAAGGGUCUUUUGUUGUGUUACAGCUAUGAAGGGUCUAUUGGUCAGGGUUACCAAUGGCCUGUUGUGUAAGGAUCAUCAUGGGCCUGAUGUGUCAGGGUUAUCAAGGGUCUGUUGUUUCUGGAUUAUUAAAGGCAUAUUUUUUCCAGCUUAUCAAGGGUCUAUUGUAUCUGGUUUAUCAAGGGUCUGAGGUGCCUGGGUUAUCAAUGGCUAUUGUGUCAGGGUUUACAAGGGCCUAUUGUGUCCGGAUUAUAAAGAGCAUACUGUGGCAUUGUUAUCAAGGGCUUAUUGUGUCAGAAUUAUCAAGGGCCUAUUGUGUCAGUGUUAUCAAGGAUCUAUUGUGACAGUUUAUCAAGGGCCUUUUGUGUCUGGGUUAUCAAGGGCCCAUUAUGUCAGGUUAUCAAGGGUAUAUUGUGUCAGGGUUAUUAAGGGCUUAUUGUGUCAGGGUUAUCAAGGGUCUAAUGUUUCAGGGAUAUCAAGGGUCUAUUGUUGUGACACAGUUAUGAAGAAUGUAUUGGUCAGGAUUAUCAAGGGCCUGUUGUGUCAGGGUUAUCAUGGGCCAGUUGUGUCAGGGUUAUCAAGAGUCUGUUGUGUUUGUGUUAUCAAUGGUUUUUUGUGUCUGUGUUAUCAAGGGCCUUUUGGUCAGGAUUGUCAAGGACCUUUUGUUGCAGGGUAUCAAGGGCCUAUUGUUUCAAGGUUAUCAAGGGCCUAAAGUUUCAGGGUUAUCAAGGGCCUUUUAUUUGUGUCACAGUUAUGAAGGGCAUAUUGGUCAGGAUUAUCAAGGGCCUUUUGUGUAAGGGUUAUCAAGGGCCUAUUGUGUCAGUCUUGGAAAGGGCCUAUUUUUUCAGGGUUAUCAAGAAUCUGAUGUGUCUCUGUUAUCAAGGGCCUUUAGUGUCAGGGUUAUCAAGGGCCUAUUUUGUCAAGGUUACCAAGGGUCUGUUUUGUCUGGGUUAUCAAGGGACUGUUGUGUCAGGGUGAACGCUCCUUCUACUUCCAUGGGCUCACGUUCUGGAACCAGCUCCCCUUCCAUAUCCGUCAUUGUGAAACCUCGUCCACUUUUAAAAAUUCCCUUAAAACCCAUCUGUUUAGGUCCGCCUGUGAUGCACCCUCCUUGCCCUGCCUCAUUUUCUGUCUCGGGUUAAUCCUGUAAUAUAGGCCAAAACGUGCCAAAGUGUCCUCGUUUUAUAGCUAUUUUAAUUGUUUCUAUAGUAUAGUAGUUACUAUCCUAAUGUCUCAUUUUUAUUUUAGUUAGUUUACAUGUUUUUAAUAAUUGUAAAGCGCUUAGAGCUUUAAGGUAAGCGCUAUAUAAAAAUGCCUAAAUAAAAAAAAAUAACUCAAGGGUCUGUUGUGUCUGGGUUUUAAAAGUUUAUUGUGUCAAUGUUUUUAUAUAUUUAUAUAUUUUUAUGUCACAAUUAUCAAGGGCAUAUUGUUGAUUAUAGCUUAUCAAGCUACUAUUGUGUCAGUGUUAUUAUGGACUCAUUACUAUGAAGGUUAGCGUCCAUGGUCAUAUGUAUUAUAGAAAAAAAAAAUUUCAUUGUUUAAUUAUGAUUUUUUUUUACAGUCUCACUGACCAAAUUUAUGACUUUGUCCACUUGAUAGUCCCACUUACUACAUUAGUGACUUUGUGAACUUGGUAGUCUCACCGACUAAAUGUUUUACUUUUUUCACUCGAUAUUCUCACUGAACAAAUGUGUCUUUGUCCAUUUGAUACUCUUACUGUCUAAAUGCAUGACUUUGUCCACUGUAAAGUCUCACUGUCUAAAUGUAUGACUUUUUCCACUUUAUAGUCUCACUGUCUAGAUGUAUUACUUUUUCCCACUUGAUAGUCUCUCUGGCUAAAUAUGUUACUUUGUCUACUUGACAGUCUCACUGUCUAAAUGUAUUACUUUGUCCACUUGAUAGUCUCACUGUCUAAUGUAUGGCUUUGUCCACUUGAUAGUCUGACUGUCUAAAUGUAUGACUUUGUCCACUUGAUAGUCUCACUCUGUAAAUGUAUAACACUGUUCAAUUGAUCGUCUCACUGACUAAAUGUAUGACUUUGCCCAAUUGAUAGUCUUACUGUCUUAAUGUAUGACUUUGUCCAUUUGAUAGUCUCACUGUCUAAAUGUAUGACUUUGUCCACUGUAAAGUUUCACUGCCUAAAUGUAUGACUUUUACCACUUGAUAGUCUCACUGUCUUGAUGUAUGACUUUGUCCAUUUGAUUGUCUCACUGACCAAAUGUAUGACUUUGUCCAUUUGAUAGUCUCACUGACUACAUGUAUUACUUUUUCCACUUGAUAGUCUCACUGACUAAAUAUGUUACUUUGUCCACUUUAUAGUCUCACUGUCUUGAUGUAUGACUUUGUCCAUUUGAUUGUCUCGCUGACCAAAUGUAUGACUUUGUCCAUUUAAUAGUCUCACUGACUACAUGUAUUACUUUUUCCACUUGAUUUUCUCACUAACUAAAUAUGUUACUUUGUCUACUUGACAGUCUCACUGUCUAAAUGUAUUACUUUUUCCACUUGAUAGUCUCACUGACUAAAUAUGUUACUUUGUACACUUAAUAGUCUCACUGUCUAAAUGUAUGACUUUGUCAAAUUGAUAGUCUCACUGUCUAAAUGUAUGACUUUGUCCACUUGAUAGUCUCACUUUCUAAAUGUAUGACUUUGUCCACUUGAUAGUCUCACUGUCUAAAUGUACGACUUUGUCCACUUGAUAGUCUCACUUUCUAAAUGUAUGACUUUGUCCACUGUAAAGUCCAGUGUCUAAAUGUAUGACUUUUUCCACUUUAUAGUCUCACUGUCUUGAUGUAUUAAUUUGUCCACUUGAUAGUCUCCUGACUAAAUAUGUUACUUUGUCCACUUUAUAGUCUCACUGUCUUGAUGUAUUAAUUUGUCCACUUGAUAGUGUUACUGACUAAAUAUGUUACUUUGUCUACUUGAAAGUCUCACUGUCUAAAUGUAUGAUUUUGUACAAUUGAUAGUCUCACUGUCUAAAUGUAUGACUUUGUCCACUUGAUAGCCUCACUGUCUAAAUGUAUGACGUUGUCCAUUUGAUAGUCUCACUGACCAAAUGUAUGACUUUGUCCAUUUGAGAUUCUCACUGUUUAGGUCCGCCUCUAACCUGUGAUGCACCCUCCUUGCCCUGCCUUAUUUUCUGUCUCGGGUUGAUCCUGUAGUAUAGGCCAAAACAUGCCAAAGUGUCCUCGUUUUAUAGCCAUUUUAAUUGUUUCUAUUGUAUAGUAGUUACUAUCCUAAUGUCUCAUUUUUAUUUUACUUAGUUUACAUGCUUUAAAUAAUUGUAAAGCGCUUAGAGCUUUAAGGUAAGCGCUAUAUAAAAAUGCCUAAAUAAAUAAAUAAAAAAUAAAUGUAUGACUUUGUCCACUGUAAAGUUUCACUGUCUAAACGUAUGACUUUUUCCACUUUAUAGUCUCACUGUCUUGAUGUAUUAAUUUGUCCACUUGAUAGUCUCAUUGUCUAAAUGUAUGACUUUGUCCAUUUGAUAGUCUCACUGACCAAAUGUAUUACUUUGUCCACUUAAUAGUCUCACUGUCUAAAUGUAUGACUUUGUCCACUUAAUAGUCUCACUGUUUAAAUGUAUGACUUUGUCCACUUGAUAGUGUCACUGUCUAAAUGUAUGACUUUGUCCACUUGAUAGUUUCACUGUCUAAAUGUAUGACUUUGUCCACUUGAUAGUCUCACUGUCUAAAUGUAUGACUUUGUCCACUUGAUAGUCUCACUGUUUAAAUGUAUGACUUUGUCCACUUGAAAGUCUCACUGACCAAAAGGUAGGUCAUUUUCUAAGAAUAAAACUGAAUGUCUUUUUUCCCUUGUGUAUCAGAGCCCUGACACUGACGCGUCAGACAAUGCAAAGUGCAAGACUAAAGACAAAGAGCGUUUCUACACUGCUUCUUGUUACCAUGACAACACGUCACCUUCCUCAUCACAGCACAGUACCACAAAUGUUAGCACAGAUCAACCUGUUAGUAGUGGCACCAGCAUCUUGACUUAUUUUCAUAAAGUGGAGGCAGAGGCUGUAAAGUCUGAUUCUCGAACAGACCACACGUUCCCCAGCCCUAAUACGUCACUGAUCAUGACCGAUUACUCCAGAGGUUAUAGAAAUCUGAUAAAAAUUCCACUGAUAAAAGGAAUUGUUUUACACCCUACCACGACCGUGCUCUAUGCUCAUGAAUUAAAGGAGAACACGCGCGUCCAGGCUGGCGUUGAAUGUAGGUCAGAAGCACAUUCUAGAGGAAAAGACGACAAAGGGCAAACCAACAAAGAAAUCAUCCGACAAGACAGGCAACAGACUCUAAACGCCAACAUAAGAACAGUCAUCAAUCUUCGAAGUGUCAAAUUUUUACCAACACCUAACUCUACGAAUAAGAGCCUUGGUCCUUCAAUCAUUUGGUUACGGAGAAAAAACGACAGUUGGUAUCCCGGUCGAAAAUACAGAAUCUUGAAUGACCUUGACCGAAACGACAACAGGGACAGUUCAAAAAAGUAUUCAACCUCAGGGAAAUUUAAAUUGGGGAGUGAUCUGUCGUUACCCUCGCUUUCAGGCGCCAUCAAACUGGAUCACCACCACUUCUCAGUCAUCGGGCAUAGGUUAAGUCGGGGGCUAGCCAAGCCCAUCAUGAGGAAAGACAUUUUCUACGGUGGCAGUAUAAGCAUAGAGCCCAACUCAGAAUUUCCGACUCUGGCAACAUUCUUGGCAGCGCUCACCAAGACGUCCGUGGAAGAUGAAGAAGUCCAAGUGAAAUCGACAAGACAUAAGGUCAAAGGUGUCUUUAAAAUGUUAUGUCCGUUGAGACUGUUGGAGAAAAAGGUCUUCAUCUUGCUGCUCAUCACGUUCACAAUGUGGACAGGUGAGUCAGUUUGUCACCUUUACAAUGUGGAAAGGUGAGUAAGUUUCUCAUCUUCACAAUGGGGACAGGUGAGUCAGUUUUAUCACUUUCACAAUUGGGAAAAGUGAGUCUGUUAAUCACCUUCAUAAUGUAGACAAGUGAGUCAGUUUAUCACCUUCACAAUGUAGGAAGGUGAGUCAGUUUAUCACCUUCAAAAUGUAGACAGAUGAUACAUUUUAUCACCUUCACAAUGUAGGCAGGUGAGUCAUUUGAUCACCUUCAAAAUGUAGUCAGGUGAUACAUUUUAUCACCUUCACAAUGUAGGCAGGUGAGUCAGUUUAUCACUUUCACAAUGUUGACAGGUGAGUCAGUUAAUCACUUUCACAAGGUAAACAAGUGAAUCAUGGUAUAUUGUGCCCAUGGUGAAUGAUAAAGAAUGUCCAUGGAGAAUGGUGCAUUGUGUCCAAUGGGGAAUAUGCCUUGUGCCCAUUGGAAUGAUGCAUUGUGUUCAUGCGGAAUGGUGCAUUGUUUCCAUGGUGAAUGGUGCAUUGUAUCCAUGGUGAAUGGUGCUUGUGUCUGUGGGGAUCGAUGCAUUGUUUCCAUGGGGAUUGGUGCAUUGUGUAAAUGGGGAUUGGUGCAUUGUGUCAAAAAGGAAUCAUGCAUUGUGUCCAUGGAAAAUGGUGCAUUGUGUUCAUGGAAAAUGGUGCAUUGUGUUCAUGGGGAUCGGUAGUACAUUGUGUCCAUGGAGAAUGAUUCGUUGUAUCCAUUGGUAAUAGUGCAAUAUGUCUAUGGUCAAUGGUGUAUUUUGUUAUGGGAAAUGGUGUUUUUGUUAAUGGGGAAUGGUGUCUUGUGUCCAAUUUAAUUGAAACAAAUGUAUCAUAAUAUGUGGCGUAAUCCCCUAAAAUGAUUUCCCUUCAAAUUGCUAAUCAUUGAAAUAAGAAUUGGUUCAUUGAAAUAGUUCAGUGUUGACAAGAUACGACAUUAUUGCCUUCAUUUUGAAUAGAGUAAUAUUUCUUCAGAAUGAAUAUUUUUGAGUUAGCUAUGUAAGUAACAUAACUUGAUAAUUGUUGAAUUAGAUUUAGGUAUUUAAGUAGCAUAACUUGAUGAUACUUGAUUUGACUUAGCUCUUUAAGUAACUUAAAUUGAGAAUUGUUGAAUUUGACUUAAGUAUUUAAGUAGCAAAAGUUGAGAAUGGUUCAGUUUGUCAUAAGUAUUUAAGUAGCACAAGUUGAGAAUGGUUCAGUUUGUCAUAAGUAUUUAAGUAGCAUAACUUGAUCAUGGUUCAGUGUGAUUAACAGCUGAAAAUGUUUGUUUUGACCAUCAGCGCAGUCAGUGUCCAUGACUUACCUCCCUUACUUUGCGAUAUCCAUGGGGAUAGACAAGAGUGACGCGUCGUUCCUCAUCUCAAUCGUGGGUGUGGCUAAUCUGAUUGGACGCCCAUUGGCAGGU